GCCCCCCCUGGGCGCGGCGCCCCGCUCGGCCGGCAGGUGGCGCGCUCCGCCAAGGUGGGGGGCGAGAGCGGCGGCGGCGCGCACGGGGAUUCGGGGCGCCGCGCACCGACUCGGGCCUAAACGACUCCGCGAUCGUCAUUAUUUGUAACCAUAGAGCAUGAAUUACCUCUUGAGGUCAUCAGUGAGAAUUUACGACUGGUCAACAAAAGCACGUGAUUCCCAAACGCACCCCCCACCCUCCCCCCCCCCCCCCCAUAUUUGGCCGCAUACAUAGCAAAAACGAAGUACAGUGCAUCGCUAUAAUUCAUUAAUACAUCAUAAAUCGUCAAGCACAGGGUUAUAACGACCACGAGCCACAAAUCAAGCCCUCCAAAAUAACCCAAAUGAGCUCUUACUUUGUAAACUCGUUCUCAGGGCGCUACCCAAAUGGCCCCGACUAUCAGUUACUAAAUUAUGGGACCAGCAGUUCCAUGAACGGUUCUUACAGAGAUUCAAGCACCAUGCAUUCCAGCUCUUAUGGCUACAACUACAAUGGGAUGGACCUUAGCAUCAACCGCUCAGCCUCCUCCAGCCACUUUGGGGCUGUGGGGGAGAGCUCCCGCGGUUUCCCUUCUCCAGCUCAGGAGAGCAGGUUUAGACAGGCGUCUAGCUGCUCCUUAUCUUCUCCCGACUCCCUUCCCUGCUCCAACAGCGAGAGCCAUGGAGGCAAACCCGCCCCGUCCCCCUCCGACCAAGCUCCUUCUGCCAGCACCACCAACACAAAUUUCACAGAACUAGACGAGACCAGCGCGUCCUCGGGAGCCGACGAGGGCACUCCAAUAAGCAGCAGCAUCCCCCGAGCACAGGCAGAGCCCAUCGCGACCUCCACCGCAGCAACAGAAGGGCAGGCACCUCAGAUAUUCCCUUGGAUGAGGAAACUUCACAUUAGCCAUGACAUGACUGGACCAGACGGGAAGAGGGCGAGGACAGCGUACACUCGCUACCAGACCCUGGAGUUGGAAAAGGAAUUCCACUUCAAUAGAUAUCUCACCCGCAGGAGGAGAAUAGAGAUCGCUCACGCUCUCUGCCUCUCCGAGCGCCAGAUCAAAAUCUGGUUCCAGAACAGGAGGAUGAAAUGGAAGAAGGAUAAUAAACUGAAAAGCAUGAGCUUAGCCUCGGCGGGCAGCGCCUUUCAGCCAUAAAGUCUAGAGGAGGAAUAUCGAGGGAAGAAGAGGAGGCGAGAAAGAAAUCCGUAAAUAAAUAAAUAAAGCGCAGAUCUUAGUUUCCGAGUACUGUACAGUGAGGCACCUUCCUUUCGGCAUGUUGUUGAUAUUCUAAACCAACGCGUAUGGUACCGUUCUCCCAGACUGAGUCCAUGUCGUGUUCUGUUUGUUAUUAAAUUUGGGGGUUUAAAUCUUUUCCUUUUUUUUUAUAUAUAAUUAAAUUUUAUUUCCAGAUGCUCCUCAUGCUCUUGUUCUUCUAAAUGUCUGUGUCCGUGCUCUCUUGAUGCUUUCUGGAAAGCUAGCAUGUUUUAUGUGAGCCCUUUAAAUGUUAUAACUUAUUUAUAAAUCGAGAACAGAUACGGUUGUUUAUUUGUUCGGUUUCUUUUCUUUAUACCCCCCCCCCCCUUUCCUGAGUUUACUGCUUUUGGGUGAGUUCUUCUCUGCCUAAGCUAGAAAAGGGGGUUCCUGCACUACAGUGGCAGAAAAAAAAAAUAAGCUAAAAAACCCAAACAAAAAUGUAAAAAAAAAAAAAAAAGGCAAAAAAGAGAAAAAAAAAAAAAGGCAAAAGCUCUUGUAUCUGUCUUAAAAUUGUCCAGUCUGUGUUUUAGUUCAAACUUCAGGCCAGGGUUUCGAGUCCCAGCCUAAUUCCAAGACGUACUCUUAGACGUGGGUAAACUUCACUAUUAUAAAAGAAAAAAAAUAUGUAUAAAAUCGGACCAACAAUAGAGUGCUCUAAUGUCUGUAAAUACUAGAAAUAUUUCUGAUGUGACUAAUAGACGGUUUGUAGUGGGCAGAGUGAAUGCAAUGUUAUGUGUAAAAAUGGCAUCUGUCAUGUCUAGCUGCCUGUUAGUACUUUGCCAAUAAGCUUUUUGUAUUUGUUUGUAGCUUUACUUGAAGUCAAAUAAACGUUUCUCCUACUCACAAAGGCUCCCAGUUGCACUUUAUGCACAAGCUCUGAGAUUCGCAGCCCAUGCUGGAGCCGCGGAGAUGCCUGGCGUGGGGCUGAGCCGCUGCGAGGAACUCUCAGCAGAGCCCCAGCCUCUCCUGGGCAGCUCUGGGGAGCUCAAACCCACCAAAUAUUCAAACCAAACGCCCUCCAGGCACCGGCCGGACACACACCGCAGCCCUUCACACCUCCCCAACGCCGUCUCCCCAAAACACCGCCGACCCCCCACCCCACGGCAGCAGCCAAACUGGUUUCCAGUACUUCAAGUUGCAAUCCCGCGGUAUAAACGCAGAUUUACGUGCAUUUCAGGAGUUAGAUCUACAUACACACGCGCACAUUUGAAAAGCCAGAGGUAUUUAUGCCCGCAUAUGCGUACACAUAAACCUGCGCUCUAUAGAAUCACAGAUCGGUGUGUUUGGAUAGAUAUAUUUGAAAUAGAUAUAAAUAAACAUGGAUAUAUACAGCAUACAUUUCUGCGCUGAGCACGCCCAACUCUGCUAUCUCUCGUCCUCGGUUUGUUGUGCUUAACUGCUUUUAACUCCUAGUCUCCGGCUUAACAUGUAAAUAACAUCUCUGCAACUACUGACAUUCACUACAACGAGUCAUUUUGGCUGCAGAUUAUUUAACAUCAUCAAAGAUGGCAAAUGUUGCCAUUUCGCUACCUAGGGAAUCUCCCAAGGCACGAGAUACUCCGGUUUAAAGUCGCUCGAUUUGGCAAAACGCCACUGGCAUCUCUACAAUACAGCUUAGGCUUUUUGUUCGUAGCAAGUAAAGUUGGAGCUUAAAACUUACCAAACUUAAUCUCCCACUGUUUAGGUACUUCUUAAGUGAUUUUGAGAGGGAUGUGAAGUGGACUGUCAGGUCCCAAACCAUUUGCUCGCCUUCCCUUGAUUUUUUUUCUUUCUUUUUUCUUUUUUUUUUUCACUAAUAGCAAACUAUACCAAAAGUGGGUAUGACAUUUAGAUGUCAAAUGGAUAGGGUUUUAUCUAGAAGUUAGAUCGUAAAAAUCGCCCAGACCUCAGACAGAUACCCCUCACUGGCUCUCAAAAGUCACGUGAGGUCCAUAAAGUUAGUUUUAUGGUUUUGGGGAGUUGACAAUGUACAAUAUAUUUCACAUUCUCUAGAAUGUUAAGUGACACUUUAACUGCUUGGUUUGGCUUGUAAGGGGCAGCAAUGGGUGAGCACUUUUCCAGAUGAGAUAAACGUUGCAAUUGCAGGGAACAUGUUUUGCGGGUCCAGUUUUCAGUCCAGGGAGCCAAUAGACUGGAGUCCUGAAACAAAUCUCCGCAGACCGUCUGUUGGGAAAAAAGCACCCGGAGUUCUACAAGAAUCUUCAGGGGAAAUAAUCUUAUUAAUAAUAAAAUCUGGAUCGUAAA